UGCUCGGGUGGAAAACUUUGAGAUCAAUGUAAGAUCAUGGCUAUAUUCACCUCACCUGAAUCGGUACAGUAGUCCACCCGACCAAGAACACUAUUUAGCUUGUUUAGCUCGGGUGGGAAUCUGUGAGAAUGUGAGAUCAGGGCAAUAUUCACCUGAAUCGGCACAGUAGCCCACACGACCACGGCCGGGGUUGUAGAGGCCAGGGUUUUUUGGAACUCCGCGGGGAGGGGCACUUCCCUAUAAUUCGAAUGGAUACCGACCGUCAUCAGACUCAAGCGAGGGAGCGGAUCGGAAUUCAAUUUGAACGAUUGAUGCAAUAACGGAGGUAGGUAGGUAACCAUGGCGACGAGGGGUCAUUCCUCUUGUUCCUCAAUGAGUAACCACACCAAGGAGAGAGUGACCAUGGCUAAAGUUACCCUGGAGAACUUCUAUAGUAACCUGAUAACCCAGCAUGAGGAGAGAGAGAUGAGGCAACAUAAGUUGGAGAGGGUGAUGGAUGAGGAGGGACUGCCUGACGAAGAGAAGCGCUUGCGACGCUCUCAGCACGCACGUAAGGAAACUGAGUUCCUGAGGCUAAAAAGAACCAGGCUGGGAUUGGAAGACUUUGAGUCCCUCAAGGUGAUUGGUCGAGGAGCCUUUGGAGAGGUGCGUCUGGUCCAGAAAAAGGACACUGGUCACGUCUAUGCCAUGAAGAUCCUGCGUAAGGCCGACAUGCUGGAGAAGGAACAGGUGGGCCAUAUCCGGGCUGAGAGGGACAUCCUGGUGCAGGCAGACACUCUGUGGGUGGUGAAGAUGUUCUACAGCUUCCAGGACAAGAUGAACCUAUACCUACUCAUGGAGUUCCUACCCGGAGGUGAUAUGAUGACAUUGCUGAUGAAGAAGGACACCCUGUCAGAGGAGGAGACUCAGUUCUAUGUGGCUGAGACGGUCCUGGCCAUAGACUCUAUACACCAGAUGGGCUUCAUACACAGAGACAUCAAACCGGACAACGUCCUGUUGGACUCCAAGGGCCACGUGAAGCUGUCAGACUUCGGCCUGUGUACGGGGUUAAAGAAGGCCCAUCGGACAGAGUUCUACAGAAACCUCAACCACAGUGUCUCCAACGACUUCACGUCUCAGUACAUGAACUCCAAGAGGAAAGCAGAGACUUGGAAAAGGAACAGACGACAGCUGGCGUUCUCCACUGUGGGAACUCCCGACUACAUCGCUCCAGAAGUAUUCAUGCAGACUGGAUACAACAAGCUCUGUGAUUGGUGGAGCCUGGGGGUCAUCAUGUACGAGAUGCUGAUUGGCUAUCCCCCAUUUUGUUCAGAGACACCCCAGGAGACCUAUAAGAAGGUGAUGAACUGGAAAGAGACUCUAGUGUUCCCUCCAGAAGUACCUAUUUCAGAGAGGGCCAAGGACCUCAUCCUCAGGUUCUGUUGCGAGGGAGACCAUCGGAUUGGGGCGUCAGGAGUGGAGGAGAUCAAAAGAAAUCCUUUCUUUGAGGGGGUCGAUUAUGACCACAUCAGGGAGAGACCUGCGGCGAUCCCCAUUGAGAUCAAAAGCAUCGAUGACACAUCCAACUUUGACGAGUUCCCUGAGUCCGACAUCCUGUCGCCUACAGCGGCUGCACCCACCAAGUCCCCAUCAGCCACAGCAGGGGAGGCUGACUAUAAGAAUAAGGACUGGGUGUUCAUCAACUACACCUACAAGCGCUUCGAGGGCCUGACGGCCAGAGGAGCCAUUCCUUCCUACAUGAAGGGAAGCAAGAGAUGAGAGCUGAUCCUGUGGCCUACACCGCACUGUAACCAAAACCGCCCUUCUUCUUUCACUGUGACAAGUCAUGUUGGUAUGAAUUCUCUCUGUAAAAUUUGGUCCUUCUGUUUACAGUGUGUAACCAAAAACGAAAUUGAAAUAUGCUUUCUCUCCGUGUAGGAAGCACGUAGACCUCAUCUUAUAAACUGGGAUAUCAGUUUGAUUGAAUAGGACCCAUUGUCUCAGAGCUGAAACCUGCCCAUAACUUUCCUAUCAAGCUGUGCAGCCAUAUAACAGCCCUCUUUGUGAACUGCCAGAACCGUAUCUUAACUCUCUCCUUAACCAGUCACACUGUCCAUGAGGAAACUUCUCUUCUCUGAAACCUGGCAUGUUCCCAGAGGUCUUCACUUCCCCUGUGAUGUCAUCAGAGCAUGGCUGGUCUUCGAAGGGAGGAGUCCGAAAAUUGCUAUUUUUAUAGGUUCUAUGUCGGGGAUUUUAGUGAAGUCAUCAACUGAAAUAAGUUAAACAAAGGCUGGAAAAUUCCAUUAGAGUUUAUGUAAUCAUAGAGAGCAAGAACCACAUCUCCGUCACUGUAUUUGUUGGAUUUCUUUUGGGAUUUCACUUUUAAUGUUCCCAAUAGUCAUUUUUAAAUUUAAUUUAUUGUUUUUAUAGUAUACAUUUAAGAAAAAAAAGAAAUGAAAUGCUGUUGGUUGAAAAUAGUACUAGUCUUCAGGGAUAUACUGUAACUAAUGCUGUUUGUGUGUGUGUGUGUGUUGGGGUGUCUGAGUGACAUGGCCUUGAGACAAGUUAAUAUGAUGUCAAUUUCUGUGCCUUACCCAAAGAACUACAAGAGCUGUACCUUAGUUAGAAAUCUGAAUUCCUCCCAGUUUUUUCUUCAUGUAAAGUGUUUUCAUCCAUGUUGAAAACCCGUUGAGUUUUUCUCCCUUGACAUGUCUUCUUUUAGAUGCAUACACAGCUGGUCUUUCUAAAGUUGGUAUUUAAGGAAAGACUUCUCCAGCUUCAUUCUUACUUUUUUUCUUCUGUAUUUUUUUAACUCACAAAGGAACCAAUGUUUCAUGCAUAACACUUUAAAAUGUCCCGAAACCACUAGAGGUUAUCUAGAGUUUGGACAUUCACAUCUAAAUUAUAGCACUUUCAAAAAAAUAAAUCUGUGUAUGUAAAAAAGGAUAAAAACAUCUUGGUGUCACUUUACCUGAGUGACUAUAGGAUACUUUUUGCUAGAUGAAAAACUAGCUCUUAGCAAUACAUGCAGCUACAGAACACCAUUAUUUCUCACUUUUAGAAUAUUCCGGAGGUCAAAGUGGAAAGGGCUGUGUAACUGACUUAAAUGUCAUUACCAAGUUAUUUCCCAUAGACUGUAGUUACCCAGUAAUUGUGCCAGUGGGAAGGUGUUGCUAAAUGAAAUUGUAUUGUCCGGAUAGACGACUGAAUGAUGUAAACGUGUAGUUUUCCUGUCAUUCUGAUUUUAAUUUGAGUGGUUCAAGGUGUUUAUCUGUAUCGCUGGAGAAUUGAGACCUGGGCUUGCUGCUUUAAAUGAUACUCCAAUAGUUGUGCUGUUAAAAAUGGUACACAUGCCACGUGGGCGGUACAAUCUUUUCCACUAUGUCUGCUGAUUUUUUUUAUGUAUCUUAUAUUUUUUAUCAAUGCUGUACCUUUUGAACAAGGACAAAUGUCCUUAUGCCUUCGCAAAUGACUACAUGUAAAAGGCGCAAUCAUUUCUCUUUGCUGGAUGACACGUGUAUACUGUGUAGAUGUGUUUGCGUGUCUGUGUGCGUGAGUACAUGUAUCGUAUUCAAUUAUUUUGUAUCAGGUUCACUUACAUUUCUCAGUAAAACACAUGAGAAAAAAUGCUUUAUAUGAGGACAAAAUUAGUUCAUCAACCAAUAAAGUUUUUUACAAUUCUGUG